AUGAACCAAAGGUCUACCCAGACUAUGAGCUGUAAUAGUGAGCCCAGAACUUAUCCAUGUACCAUUUGUGGUGACCAAAGUCAUACUGGACCUCAGUGCCCCCUGUUUUACUUAACUGAAACUACCUGUGACCAGGGUGGCCCAUCUAGCAACCCACCACAAGGUUUUCAUGGGAACCAAACUCAAGUCCAAGAACCGAGCCCAGUUGAACAAAAGGUGUCUUCUCUAGAGGAAACUCUAAGACUCUUUAUUGAAGGUAGUGCCCGAAAUAAUGCCGAGACUACCCAAACUUUUAAACUUUUAGGACAAAGGUUCGAUGAAGUUCAACGUAACCAACAAAACAGUGACCGAGCUAUUACCAACAUAGAGACUCAGAUAAGUCAACUGUCAAACAGGUUAAAUGAUAGGGAAAACGGGAAAUUUCCUAUCCAAUCGACUCCAAAUUCGAAAGGAGUUAACCAGGUUAAUGGGUCGGGUAGUUCUAACCACAAUGAACAUGUCAAAGCAGUUAUCACCCUUAGAAGUGACCUUAAUGGGCCUGAGAGGGCUAAGAGUCCAAGUGAGGAAGAUAUCCCUGAGAGGGUGUACAUACCACCCGCACCAUUUCCUCAGAGACUCGCUAAGAAAAAGCCUAGUACAUAUGUUGAGAUCCUAGACAUCUUUAAGCAAGUUAAGAUCAACCUGCCUUUAUUAGAUGCAAUAAAACAUGUACCUGCUAUUGCCAAGUUCCUAAAAGAGAUGUGCACUAUCAAGAGAGAAGCGAGUGUCCAUAAGAAGGCAUUUUUGACCCAACAAGUUAGUUCCAUAAUCUCACAAAAGUACCCAGUCAAAUUAAAAGAUCAUGGUUGUUCUACUGUCACAUGUGUCACAGGUAAACAAACGAUAGACAAUGCUCUAUUAGAUCUUGGGGCUAGUGUGAAUCUUUUACCGUUCUCGGUAUAUGAACAAAUUGGACUAGGUGAGAUGAAACCAACUAGGAUAACACUACAGUUAGCCGAUAGGUCAGUCAAAAUCCCACGUGGAAUUAUUGAAGACGUUUUGGUUCAGGUAGAAAACUUUAUUUAUCCAGUUGAAUUUGUGAUUUUAGGCACUCAACCUGUCUCUAGUCAAGAUAUCAAUAUCCCAAUCAUCCUAGGUCAUCCGUUUCUAGCCACUGCAAAUGCAAUCAUACAUUUCCAAACUGGCCUAAUAGAAUUUUCCCCUGGGAAUCAGAAAAUCUCAAUGAACGUUUUUAAGGCGUUACAAGCCCCACCGGACCCUGAACACUAUGAGUCUAUAUGA